AUGAUUGCGCAAGCCAAGAUAGGAGAUGCGAUGAUCAGCUCUGACUGCGCCUCGCACUCGGAGAUUGACCAUUUUGAUCAGCGCAGUUUGCACAUCAUUGUACUGUUAGGGAACGGCUAA